GGCAGGGGACAAUGUCUCUGGAGAAGGGGGGUCUGUUAAGGUUUCAGCCCUUGGACGGGAGGGAGCGGCGGGGUAAGCAGCCUAGGAGGACUAGGGGGCUCCACAAGUCCCGCGGCCAGGGCGCCCCAAGCGAGGCCGGGGUCCGCGAACGGUCGCCACUGGAGCGGGGCUGCAAGGGGGUGCCGAUGCUGCGAGAGAAAACCUGGGGACCUUGGAACGGGCUCAUGGUACUUGGGAAGAGAGUGGAGCUCCUGACUAGAAACACUCAAAAACCGAAGCUGGAGUCUGAUACUGGAGACUGGAAGAUGUGGAAAAGACGGUCUUGAAAGGGAAGCCAGGCCCGAGUCAGGAAAGGAUGGAUGUGAAGCCGCUGUACCGUGGAGCAAGUGCAUCACAAGCUUCAGCAGAUUUGGGGAAAGACAGCCCAAGGGGAAUUUGGGGAAAGCAAGAGGUCAAACACGAAAUAAGGGCUAAAUCUAAGAGUGCAGGGAUGACAGCCGGGCCUAUGAAGGGGUCUGGGUUUGGAGAGAGGUUGAGGUCUGCUGGGGAGAAGGUAGGGACCAGUGGAGAGGACCUGAGAUCCAGUGGAUAUAAACUGGGACAGAAUGAGAAGGGGUUGAGGUCGAGUGUAGACAAGAUGAGAUCAAGUGUAAAGAAGCGGAGGUCUACUAGUGAGAAGCUGGUGUGCAGGGGAGAGAAGCAGGGGUCCAGUGGAGUGAAGCUGAAGUCCAGUGGCAGAAAGCUGAGAUCAAGUGGAGAGAAUUUGAGAUCAAGUAGAGACAAGCUGAGAUGGAGUGGAGAGAAGCUGGGAACUAGUGGAGAGAAGCUGGGAACCAGUGAUGAGAAACUGAGGUUGAGUGGAGAGAUGCUGAGAUCAAGUGGAGAAAAGCUGGGAACCAGUGGAGAGAAGCUGAGGUUGAGUGGAGAGAAGCUGGGAACCAGUGAUGAGAAGCUGAGGUUGAGUGGAGAGACGCUGAGAUCAAGUGGAGAGAAGCUGGGAACCAGUAGAGAGAAGCUGAGGUUGAGUGGAGAGAAGCUGAGAUCAAGCAGAGAGAAGCUGAGGUUGAGUGGAGAGAAGCUGGGAACAAGUGAUGAGAAGCUGAGGUUGAGUGGAGAGAAGCUGGGAACAAGUGAUGAGAAGCUGAGGUUGAGUGGAGAGAAGCUGAGAUCAAGCAGAGAGAAACUGGGAACCAGUGGAGAGAAGCUGAGAUCAAGCAGAGAGAAGCUGAGGUUGAGUGGAGAGAAGCUGGGGUCAAGUGCGGAGAAGCUGAGAUCUAGUGAGGAGAAGUUGGGGACCAGUGGGGAGAAAUUGGAGGGCUCAAGAAUGGGGAGCAUAAAUGAGAAGAACAUUGAAAAAGUGGUAGAAGUUACUGGCAAUGAAAGAGUGAUGGCAUUUACUGAUGAUGAGAUGGAAAUUCCUUUUGAAAGUGUCAAAGGGAAUGAGGAACUACAAGGGACUGAGAAAGGAGUGGGAGUUGAGGGGGGUGUCUUGAGUGAAGUGAAAGAUAUCACUGAUGAAUCUGUUUCUAUGGAAAAGAAAGAUAUUAUAGGUGAAGGUACCAGUGAAUGAGGCAGAUGAAGGAUUGACACCAAAUAAGGAAAGAGGCAGACAAGGGAAGUACUGAAAGUCAGAGGAGAAAUUAGAGCCAGGCAGAACAUUAUUGACACGGAAGGGGUAAAGUUGAGAAAGGAAAGGAGAGAGUCUGAGCCUAAAAUAAAAGAGAGUGGAAGUGAGGAAGAAGAGCUGCUGGGGCUGAAGGCAGAGGCCAGGAUCAAAGGAAGCAAAGAGGAGUGUCUGAUUCAAAGGGAAGUGGGAACAUAUGGAGGAGAAAGAGAAGACUUGGUAACGUGUUGACAGAGGACACUUGGAUAUUGGGAGAAAAGCUGUGACUGGGAGCUCAUAGGGAAAUGUUAGAGAAAAGGAUGGAGGAUGGGCUAGAAGGAUUUAGUCUGACAUGUGAUGGGGUGUAUGAGAUGGAGAAUUGCAGCAGGAUAAAGGGUAGAUUUUGAGGGUUGUGGAAGAAGGUGCAGACUGAAGUGGGCAAAAUUUCUGAAAGAGGAGCCUGAAGAAUGAAGAGCUCCCAAGUGACAAAAGCUGGAGAGGAGAUAAGAAAGAAGUGAGAAAAAACAUAAGAAGCCACAUGCCAUAAUGGUGAUUGUGU